GCAUAGCCGGCGGGCCUGGAGUUGGGGGGACCCGGCGGACGGCAUGCUGCGGCGGAUCGCGUCCCGGUGCGCCCGGGGCCUGGGGGCCGGCGGGGUUGCACAUCCUGCCGUGGGGCUCUGCCACCCCGGCCGCAGCUCCAGCAGCCGGUCCUCCGAUGCGCCCCGGAACCAGCCCCCCAGCUCCGAGUUCGUGGCGCGGCCGGUGGGCGUCUGCUCCAUGAUGCGGCUGCCGGUGCAGGCCUCCCCCGAGGGGCUGGACGCCGCCUUCGUCGGGGUGCCGCUGGACAUUGGGACCUCCCACCGGCCCGGGGCGAGAUUUGGACCUCGGCGGAUCCGGGAAGAAUCAGUGAUGCUUCGGACAGCCAACCCUAGCACGGGGGCCCUCCCCUUCCAGUCCCUCAUGGUUGCAGACCUAGGCGAUGUGAACGUCAAUCUUUACAACCUUCUGGACAGCUGCCGUCUAAUUCGAGAGGCCUAUCAGAAAAUUGUAGCAGCUGGUUGUAUUCCCCUGACCUUGGGUGGAGAUCACACAAUCACAUAUCCAAUCUUACAAGCGAUGGCAAAAAAGCAUGGCCCCGUGGGGCUGCUGCAUGUGGACGCUCACAUGGACACGGCUGACAAGGCCCUUGGAGAGAAGCUCUAUCACGGGACGCCCUUCCGCCGCUGCGUGGAUGAGGGUCUCCUGGACUGUAAGCGCGUGGUGCAGAUCGGCAUCCGGGGCUCCGCCAUGACCUUGGAUCCCUACAGAUACAGCCGGAGCCAGGGCUUCCGGGUGGUUCCGGCUGAAGACUGCUGGAUGAAGUCCCUGGUUCCUCUGAUGGGGGAGGUGAGGCAGCAGAUGGGCGCCAAACCCAUUUAUAUCAGCUUUGACAUUGACGGCUUGGAUCCUGCCUAUGCCCCAGGGACAGGCACACCUGAAACCGCCGGUCUCACCCCUAGUCAGGCGCUGGAAAUCAUCCGGGGUUGUCAAGGCCUGAAUGUGGUGGGUUGUGAUCUUGUGGAAGUUUCGCCGCCCUACGAUCCUUUUGGAAACACGGCCCUUCUGGCGGCUAACUUGCUGUUUGAGAUGCUGUGUGCUCUCCCCAAAGUGAUGGUUGUCUGAACCUUGUGCUCU